AUGGAGGAUAUUAAAGAGAUGUUGAAGUGCAAUGAUCAUGAUAGUGAGAAUCUAGAGAGUAUUUGUUACAUUUGUAAUAGAUUGAUGUGUUCAAGCUGCGUUCUCGAUCAUAAUAAAUCACAAGCUGAUCACUCACAACACAUUGAACAUAUAGAUCAUAUAGUAAAAUCAUUAAAUAGCAUUUCAACAAAAGAUUUUGAAAAUAGUAAUAGUAAUAAUAAUAAUAAUAAUAAUAAUAACAAUCACCACUCUAAUAUAGAGUCAAGAUUAAAAUCGAUUUGGAAAUCAUUGAAAUCAUCAUCAACAAGAUAUCAAAGAUUAUCAGCAACAGAGAAUGAAAAACCAAUCAUCAAUGAUAAAGAUAUGAUAGAGCAACAAAUAAAUAAUAAUAUAAAUGAAUUAAAAUAUUUAAAUUAUAUUUUAAAUAUAAAUAAUAAAAUUAAUAAUAAUAAUAAUAUUAAUAAUAAUAGUAAUAUUAAUAAUAAUAGUAAUGAAAAUGAUAAUUAUAAUAAUGAAACAGAUGAUAUAAUAGAUAGAUAUACAAUAGCAUCAUAUUCAGAGUUAAUCACAACAAGUUCAUCAUUACAAUCAUUCAUUAAUGAUAAUAAUCAAACAUUGUUCAACAUCGAUAGUAAUACAGAUUUAUUAAAGUUUGAUGAACUAUUAGAACAAUAUAGCAAUACUUCAUCUUUAUUAUUAGAUAUCAUUUAUAAAUAUAAUAAUAAAUUCAAUUCAAUAACAACAGUAACAACAAAAAAAGUUGAUAAUGAAGAAGAAGAGGAAGAAGAGCAGAAUAAUAGAGAUCCAUAUAAUAUUAGGAUAAAACAACCAGAUUUCAAACAAUUAGAUUCAAUCAUUGGAGAUUCAAUUAAACUAAACAGUAAUAAACCGAAAUCAUAUAUACUCUCAACACACAAAUCAAAAGGUGCAACACUCAUCGACCUUUCAAAUAAGAAUUCAAUCGAGGAGUUGCAAUUCGAUUAUAAUUUCUUUGAUACCUUUCAAUCGAUGGUUGCUGUCGACGAGUAUAUCUAUGUGUUUGGUGGUGAUGUCAAUCAGAGUAAGUGGUGUAAGAUAUCGGUUAAAUCGAAAGCGAUCGAGCAGUUUGGCGAGAUGUCUGGUAUCGUCGGUGAUACCAACAUCUCAGUGUGCUACGACGGUCAGGAUCACAUCUACCUCGUCAACGGUCGAACAGCCGAUAGAAUCGAUCGCUUCAAUAUCCGGUUGUCGCGAUUCGAUAGCUACGGUCGGCUGGCAUACGGUCAACAGAUAGCAACGAUGAUCUACCGUGGCAAGCUCUACUCGGUGCCUUACAACCUAAAGGUCUACUGGGAAUACGAUUUGACAGAACAUACCAAGUUGAAACACGAACUACUCGAUUUGAAUGCAUUCUCGGCGUGCCACGAUAACAACGGUAAUUUCUACAUUCAUUCACUCAAUCCGAGGAGAUUCGUGCGAAUCAAUGUCGAAACCAAACGUAUCACAGAACUCCAACCGAUCCUUUCAAAGCAUGGCGGUGUCUAUCUAAUGUAUCAUCGAGCAUCGUCCACCAAGAGCUACAUCUAUUCAUUCUCAGGUAUAUCUAAUGAUAAUUUCCGAUAUUCAAUCGAAUUCGAUCAAUCGGAGCCAUUCUUAACCGAGGACAAAGAGAAUAGAAGUUGGUGCGGUGCUAAAUCAACCACAGUCACUCACUAA